GACUCGAGGAAGAGGCGGGAAGGGACGGAGAGCCGGUUGCUCCUCGGGAGGAUGGUACGAGGGGAAUUGGAGGCCCUGAUCCAGAUAGAAGUCUGGGUGUAUGUUCUUUCGAUGGUUGAGAUCGACGAGUUGUGGGAGCAUGUUUUUUGUGGGUUGGCGCUUGGCCAGAAGACCUGUGCGGAAUGUGGACGGCCUGGUCUGUAAAGCUUGUCAUGUUGGGACUUGGACGCGGACAUGCUGCGCGGAGUUCCACGAUGUGGCCAAGGUUGAGCAAGCUGCCGAGGAUUACUGCCUCUCACAAAUCAAAGCUUAUGUCUGGAGCGACAGCGACCAUCGAGUCUAUGAUGCCGCUAAUAAUCUUCCCAUCAACGGUGUCGAAGAGGAAGGCGUCGGCUGUCCUGGAUUUGUUACCGGUACAGGAAGAUGGAGUGAGUACCGCUAGUUAGUUUUGUGAGUUUGUGUCAGCUAGUGGACAUACCCCGAAAAUCAAGCGACGUGCUUUCUCUUGGAUCUUUUCUGGAGCUCUCAUUUCCAAGUGAUGUGUGUUGUUGUUGAUGCUAAACCCAUUUGAAGAAUGAACUAUUUGAUAUACAGUACGGGGUUCUUCGC